AUGGCGGACCUAAAGCUGUACUACUUUCCAACUUCAUUCUUCUCUCAGAAGGUGUUGCUGACUUUGUUCGAGAAAGAGGCACAAUUUCGGGAGCAAGUGAUUAUGAUCCACGCCGGCGAGCAGAACGAACCCUGGUACUUGAAAGUGACUCCAAAAGGAACAGUCCCGGCACUUGAAGCCCAGGGAAAGGUCUUUACCGACUCGGAAGAUAUCGUAACUUAUUUGGACAAAGAGCUGGAUACUGGAAUAAAACUUAUACCAGAUCUAUCAUCCAAGAUUGGACAGGAAGUCGAUAAGUGGCGACGAAUUUUUAACGACUUAAACAUAGCAGUUAUUACGUACGGAAUAGUGUUCCAUCCGGAACUGUCACAAACUGGGAUGAAAGUCUCGUCUGCAAUGAAAAAAGGGCUCCAGUCAGCAAAAGAAGGCAUGCGGAAGGGAAGUAAGACACUCCAGGAAAAAGCAGAGAAAUAUCCAGAAUUCAGGGAAGAGUUCCUCGCUAAAGUUAGCUUGCAAACCGAACGAUUAGCUAAAAUGGAAAAUAAAGAGGUGGUCAUUCAGGCACUGAAUGAGCUGGAUACACUGUUUGAUCAGAUCGAAUCAACAUUGGCGGAAACGCGUAAAGAGCAAGGAGUGACAGAUAGCUGGCUUCUCGGAUCCCGAUUCACUAUGGCAGACAUCUUUCUUACCAUCUUGAUGGACCGUCUCAACUUUCUUGGGUUGGAAGAACGGUACUUCGUGACCUCCAAACGUCCUCUGGCUAACGAUUACUAUCAACGUGUGGGUAAUCGUAAAAGCGUCCAACAGAAUCGUCAGAAAUUUAAGAAAGCGGCGAAUUUAAUGUUUGUGAGAAUGCUAAAGAAGACCAUUCCAGCUUUUGUUGGUGUUCUGGGCGUUGUUAUCAGUGUAUUGUACUGGAGAGCAAGGUCGAAAUGA